CUUUGACCCUGUCAGUCAGCUCAGAAUCUUAACUCAAACAUAAAUCAUCAGAGCAAUGAGCACAUUCCCAAUAAACUGCACAGACUCUUGCCAGAAUCUGCUGAUCGAGGGUGGAUCAUCGCCAUCGGGUUAUGGACGCCUCGCCAGUGGCAUCCUUGACGAUAUAUUCAAUCAACAUCUGCAUCUGGGAAACUUUCAAGACUCAGACUCAGCUUCUGAGUUCGUCGGUGUCUCCCAAAAAAGUGCGUCAUCUACAAAGAGCACCGUUGACCAGCGCCUGGAGUACUGGAAGCACACGCUUCGACAGAGGCGAAUGCUCCAGAAGAGGCUUCGGCGGGCAACCGGCAAGGAGCCAGAGCAGAUGCUCUCGAAUCAUCCCACUUGCAUUGACCAUCGAGAUAGGGAGACGAUUAAGCGGAUACUAGACCAGGCCCGGUCAAGGGAUCCCACACAGAAUAAGGCCACGCCCCCAUUGGCAGCGCUCCAUCCCUACGCGGCUCUUCUGGCGCCCCAGAGAGACUUUGUGGAGAUAAUAGGUAUUCCGGGACAAAUAGCUUCCGAGCUGCUGGGCGCAGACGACUCAAAGAACUUCCCCAGAAGCAACUGGAUGAGUUCGCAACUUCUGGCUGAUCGCAUAGAAGAGGAGUUUCCCAACAUACAGCGAGUGCUGGAGUUCUAUCCGAGCAUCAAGAACUUGGAAAUUGUCCGCAAGCGGCGCUUGGGCUCUAGUCCGGUUGACCAUGAGUCCCUGGGCGCCAUAACCGACUCCUCAGUGAUCUUCAAGUCGGACCUCAAUCUGGCCGAGACUACUGUUUUGACUAAACUAAAUACAGGGUGCAAAUGCCAGCAUGGCUGCACAGGAGUGUGUAUCCUCAUCAAUGGGAUGCACUAUAAGCCUCACGUUCCGGAGUUCUCGCCCAUCCUGGAACGCACUUUCUGCUGCUAUCCCUACAAGCACCACCUUCGCACAGUCAUGCGAAUCGAGAACAGCGGCACAGAGGUCAUCAGGUUCACCUGGAUGCGCGUAAGUUCAUUCGCCUACAAUGACACGCUCUUCGAUGCGAAGGACAACGAGUUCAUCUUCGACGACAGUGCCUUCCUGCUCAAGCCCGGAGAGAUACACGAUGUAUCUGUUAUGUUCAAGCCCCGAAUGGUGGCUAUUGUAAAGCAGCGAUGGCUGCUGGCCAUGUGUCCUCGCUUCUUCUUUUUCCGUCCUUGUGCCCUAACCUUGAAUCUGCACGGACGCUGUUCGCCUUCCAAGGAGUACCUGGAUCUGCUGGAGAACCAGAUAGUUAUCUCAAAGCGAAGCUCUGCUUCGUUUCUUCUGCAUCUGGCUCUUCCUCUGGACCAAGAACCGUACCAUCUCGUGUGUCCCUACGAUCGCCAGCUCGAGGACCGCGAAGCCUUCAACCGACGAAACAAAAUAUUCCACUGCUCCACCAUCUCUGACGCCCAGCAGCUCAAGGAGUUCUUCAGGGUGAACAUGCCCUUACGAUGCUACCCGAGGUGGGACUACAGUGUACGCAUGCUCAUCGAUCUGGUGUGUGACCACGAGGACCCUCAAAAGCGCCUCCUCCUUUUCGGAGAACUCACAAAAAUCUUGUCGCGAGUACGCGGAAAUGGCUAUCCCAUGUGUAAACCGCAGGAGCUGAGUAACACGAAGCAAAUUUAUGUGCGCGGGGUCAUCGCAAGUCGCGUGGAUGAGUGGCAGGAGAAGGUCUGGCAGUUAGAGAAGCAACUUCUCAAGGCCACACAGCAGCGACUGCAGAACCACAACGCCAGCCAGAAGCAAGACAACGAGCUGAUCUUCGAGAGUAAAAUUAACAUGGUCCUGAGCAAGGAGGCAGACAAUAUCAUCCUAAGGGAACCUCUCACCAGACUGUUAAGUCGAAGGUUACGCAAAAUGAAACACUUUCGGGACUCCGUUUACAUAUUCUCGUACGACCUUUUGUGUAACGCUGCCGAAGACAUUGUAUCCGUGAUCGAAAGCACUUUUCAGACAUAUGGCCGCCAUAAUAUUAGAGUAACUUAGUUCCUUGUCAUUCCU